CUCUUAUUUAUUAUUACUACAGCAGGUUUUCUUUUUUCUUUUCUUUCUCUCUCUCUCUUUUCUUAGACAACCCAACAUAAAAAAAUUGAUUCACUGUGUUCAAUCUUUCCAACAUGUCGCAGAACAAUCAUGUAAUCAAGUUUUCUCUGGAUCGGGAAACGAUUAAAAAGUUCAUGUCGGUGAAGGGAGCCACGUUGGAAAAACGCAACGACCGCCUAGAAGUGGUGUUUCCAGACAGUCGAAUAAAGCUUGAAGCAGAUAAAAAGGAACCCACUACCGCCACCUAUUAUAAUAAUAAAUCGAGCAACCUGCAUUUCCUUGGUCCGACCGUCACAGCCAAAGCAACGCACGUCCUUGUGGAUAAAAAGGAAAGUGAAAAGACGAGAGGUGUAGAAUUACUUGAUAUACCCAGCAUACACACUCCCACAUCACCCAUCAAGCCAAAAUUAAAGAAACCUUCCUCUACAUUAAAGACCAAUAACAGCAGCAACAACAACAACAACACUAAAAAAGCGAAUAUACCUCCUCCCCCGCGUCGUUCAGUCACUCCACAAAACACUCCUCGUCCUUCCUCCAAUAACCCUCACCUCGAAAAACUCUCUGACAGAGUCAUUCAGCUCUUAGCCAUCAAGCCAUAUCAAAUCACCACCAUGGCUAAAGCACUAGAAACUACCUCGUGGGAUAUCAAACGAAUCGUGGACGACGUCGGCAUCUGUAUUCCGGAUCAAUCUUCCCAAAAGAAAAAGUAUUGUUUAAAACCUCAAUUGUACAAAAAUGUGCGUAUUUGGGAUUGGCCCUUGUACACCGAAACCGAAAAGGAUACCGUGUAUGCCAACGCCAAAGAAGCCUACGACAUUCUUCAAUUACCUCCAGACGCCAUUGAACGAGCUAAUUUGACAUCCGAUCAUCGAUCCAGGCCCCAUUCUUCUGACCAUCGUUAUGCCACCACCACCACCACCACUACCAAAAAGAAAUCUUCUUUAAAGAAAGAAGAAAAGAAGUCCGUCGGUGUCGUCGAUAUCAAAGGGAAAGGAAAAUCACAUGGAUAUCCAGCAGCAGUAGCAGCCGUUGAAUCCGUUGCACGCACGACUCCAUCUCCCAUCACAACAUCACCCACUUCAUUACCCCCUCUACCAUCGUUACCACCAUCGUUACCGGUACAACAAACAUUAUCCUCAUCCACCUCUUCCUCAUCCGCCACAUCCGUCACUCCCUUGGUUCGAUCACCCUUAAAGACAAAGGCAUCGGCUAGAAAUGGAUUAUUGAAACCUAGCUCUUCUAAUAGGAAGGUGAGCACAAAGACAUCACAGAUCUAUGCCACUUCUCCGCCACCACCACCACCUACAACAGCACCACCGGCAUUACCACCACCUCCACCUCGACCUGUCUCAUGCUUUGUACCAUCCAUGGCGUAUGUGACACCCAAUGUCCAAAAAAGAAAAGAAGAAUAAAAAAAAAAUAAUUAGUUAAAACAGAGAGUCGACAAGGGUAUGGAAUCACAUCGAAUACACGAACGAAAGCGAACCAGGAGUAUACGCAAAACCGUGUAUCCA